CAGGUGGCCACAUGACCUUUAGUUGUCAGAUUUACAGACAACAAGCUACUAUUUUAUAGCGAAUUUUCCUCCAAUUUAUCGGUUGUUUGUAACAGUACAUAUAUUUUCACAAUGGCAGAGGAACAACCACAGCUUACACGCGAUUCUACCAUGAAAGUUACAGCACAGGAAGGAGAAGCUUUCCUUGAAACCCAGGGUAAACCAGAUGAAAGUGCAAAAACUAGGGGACAACAAAAAGAAAUUGAGAAAAUCACAGAAGAGGAGAAACCAAAAAUACAGAGAGAUUCCACAAUGGUUGAAACGGCAAAGGAAGGGAAAGAAUUCCUUGGGGAUGUUGUAAUUAGUGGGACUCGGUCAGAAACUAAAGCUGUUACUGAUGCUAUUGAUGUAACUGAAAAAGCAGAAAAAGAUGAGUCGGCCGCUAAUGAAGAAGAGAAGCCAACAGUGACACGAACUGGUACCAUGGUGGCCACAGCGGAGGAGGGAAAAGCAUUCUUAGAAAGAGAAGGAUUUGAUGCAUCUGCAGAAAAGAAAGAUGAUGCUGAGGCAGAAGAUGAAGAAGCAAAAGCUUUAAAAAGAACCCAUACUAUGGCAGAAACAGUUAAGGAAGGUGAAGAAUUCGUCAAACGUCAAAAAACAAGCAACGGAGAAGUUGAACAAAAAGAACAAGUGCAGGAAUCCUAAAAUAUCAAAUAUGGCUACCUGUCUAGAAACUCUACUUUUUAGCCAAAACAAAAUUUGAUAUGUUAAGACUUUUAAUUCCUUUUUAAAGAGUUCUUUGUAGUAUUAUUUGUUUACUGUUUUAUAUAGUUUUUUUAUGUUACUUUGUCACAUUCAAAUAAAAAUAUAGAUGUAGCAUUUUUUAAGUGUACAUUCAUUACAUCAUAACUGGUCAGGUUUCAUUCACUCUUUGUAAAAACAUUUUUAAUGAAAUUUUUCAACAUAACCAAGCAGCUUGUACCUGACUUAAAUGUCAUUAUGCAUAUUACAUGUCUGAGUCACAUCUUUCAUGCUACAAGAAGUUCAGUCUGGUAUAAAGAUUUCUCUCGUCCAGUACAAACCGAUGCAAGUUAUAAUUAAUAAGAUUUUCAACACAUGUUAAAUACAAUAAUUAUCACUACUUUUGUUUUUGCAAUAAUGAAUUUUGAGGGCAGUGUUCAAGUCUGUUGAAAUAAAAUGGCACAUCAUGUGUAUACUUUCCCAGUUUCCAUUUUCGUAAAAAAAUACCAUGCCCUGUUGUUUACUUCAUAUUGGAUUAAAAUGUCGCUUAUUUUAGAUCUGAAUCGUGUAGAGACAUUUUAAUAACUUCGUCCCAUGCCCAAGAACUGUACACCAGUAUGAGUGUGGCUUAGUACAAGCAUGAGUGUGUACAAUACAUCAGGAAACUUCUAUUAUAAGGAAAGAAUAGAAUCUUUUUAAAACUAAUUUUAAUACUUUUUAUCAGACUAACAUCUCUUGUAUAUUUUUAAACAUCCUUUAUGCGAAUUGAACAAGAGUGCAAAUUAUUUAAAAAAAAUAUUUUAUAUGAAAUCUAUUUUUGCUGUUUUGCCAGGCAAUACACUAUGUGCAAGAAGCUGAGAUGGUAUUAAGUGUUGUAUUUAUUUAUGAGUGUGGCGUAUAUGUAGUAUGGUAUGGUAUGUUAUGUGCAGUUCUUGGGGCAUGCUAGAAGAAAAAUAUUCCCAGCGUCUAACUCUCCAUUUCCAAUAUACUGACCCACCUUUGUGAAAUAAUUUAUAUCAACAACAAAUUUUGUAUGACCUCAGACAGUGUUGGAAGAAACCAGACAUUUUAUAAAUGUGUGGUUGGACAAUUGUCUUAUCACCCCCUUGUUUUUGUAAUGGCUUCAACCUCCCAUGUAAUUGGUGUAAUAAGGAGAUUCUAGUACUUGAAACGAUUCCAUUCAGAUUAUUUCCUACUAUAUAUACGAUUAAAGAAAAACUUUGGGGAGGGGGAAAUGGGGGUAAAUUUCUGUGAUGUGUGUUUAGCCACUGUAUUUGACAGGAUUGUUCAAUUGUGUACACUUCUAGAAUUCAUAAUAAAAUUGCCAGCCAACCUGUCAA